AUGGCGAAUUCACCAGAGGAAACCACAAGUGUUACACGAGAAGACAGCGAAGCAGCGGAAACAUUAAUACAACUAAGCCAAGAUACUCGAUAUCAGCCAAUAGAAGAAGAAGAUGCAGCUCCAUCGUCGACUCAAUUAUUACCACAAGUAGGUAAAACUCCUCAAAACCCGUGUUCGUGUAAGAAGUUUAAAGCUGAAGAGAAACAGCAUUCGAAGAAGGAUAAUAAAAAAUCUAAGAGUACAAAAGGGAAGAGAGUAAAGUUGGAGGUAGACGAUACCAACGAAACCCUAAUGAUUCUUCAGGAAUGGAACCGAACUAAACCCGACCCGAUGAAGACAAUAUUCACGGAUGGUGUUAACGUGGCAAAGCUAUUCAGCAAACCGAUAAAGAAGCAGCUGACGAUGAGCGACAUAGAGAUUGGUCAAGGCAGGCUCAUGUUAGGGAAGCAGCAAGUGCAGAAGAAGUUGCUUCCUCUUUUAGAAGCUUCUGAGAUUUCGCAAGGGAGAGAGGGGCUUGAUGUUUCGGUGUACGGACCAAACGGGGCGGUUCAAACGAUGAAGUACAAGAUGUGGGGAAAGGACACGCCUGUGUUGACUACGGGGUGGAACGAUUUCGUGGAAAAAUAUAAACUCGCGAAGUUUUGUGAUUUUCUCACUAUUUGGAUGUUUAGGCAUAAUGUCAGUGGUAAGAUUUGCUUCGCCAUUGACAAGAAUAGGUUUGAUACUAUAACAGGACCGCUGAGUUUGAGGAUCUCGAAUUCUGUCAUCGAGAAUCCAAAUUAA